CUACCAUUAGUUGAGCUUGACUGUGAGUGAUUUGCCCCCUUUGCUGACUGAUAGUCUGACUACUUCUAAGAACUGUUAUGGCUGAAGGAGGUAAAAGUGCAAAAGCUGUGUUUAAAGAAGUAGUACCAGAGCUUACAAGAAUACUUGGGAGGGAGCCACCUUUUACUAUUGUCACUGCCUCUCUUAAUGCUAAGGAUUUGAUUACAGAUGCUGAGCUUUGUGCUAUAAGAAGAGAAGGCUUAACAAAUGAUCAAAGAGGGAAUGAAGUGGCUGAGAAGCUAAAAGAAAAAAUAGGGGACAGUGAAGACCCUAAUGCAUGUCUACUCAAAAUAUGUGACGUAUUUGAAUCUAAAACUGUAGACUGUCCUACAUUGAAGGACUAUGGAGCAAAAAUGAGGAAGAGCAUUUCAACUAAUGGUACUUCAGAUGGAGCCGAACAACUAGAUGCAAAGGAUGUUGAUAAAAUACUUGAAGUGCUAGAUAAAGUACUGUUUGGUGCAAUCAAAUGGAAUGACUUGGGGCUUCGGUUAGGUCUAUAUCAGCCAAGACUCAAUGUCAUUUCAGACGGUGGUGGUGAUGCAUACAGGCAUUUGAGGAAGACUAUAGAAGCAUGGCUAGAUGGUAAAGAUGAUGCAAGAAGUAGAACAUGGCAGACAUUGAUAGAUGCAGUGAGGGGAACAGGAAAUCGUGCAGCUGCUGAAAAAAUACCUCAAAAACUGAAAGAACUCUAUAACAUUACUAUGGUUGAUUUCUUUCGUUCAGCAAUGAGUUACCUCAGUGGUGAGGGAGACGUAGGAGGAGGCAGUGGCGGUGGAAACGCUUUUGUGGGACAAACUGUUGACAUUGGAGAUGGGAUGAAACUUAAAGUCAAAAAAGUUAUAGCUGAAGGUGGCUAUGGGUUUGUAUUUGUUGCUCAAGAUACAAGCACUGGAAUCGACUACGCACUAAAGAGGCAGAUAGUAGCUUCGGAAAACAUUAAAGCAAUCAAGCAAGAAAUAACAUUUUUAACUCAAUUGUCUGGUCAUCCUCAUAUAAUUCAUUUCAUUGGUGCCGCUAGUUCUAAGGAUCCAGCUGGAGGGAGUGCAGAGUUUCUUAUUGUAACUGAACUUAUUACUGGUGGUGAGCUUGUCGAUAUUGUUAACACUCGUUCUUUGAGUCCUCAUCAAGUCCUGAGGGUUUUCUAUGAGACCUGUCAAGCAAUAGCCCACAUGCACUCUCAGACCCCACCCAUCAUACACAGGGAUAUUAAAGUUGAGAAUUUGUUGCUCACAGACAAGGGGUCUGUUAAAUUGUGCGAUUUUGGUAGUGCCACGACCCAGCGACUGACUCCUGAUCACUCCUGGUCUGCUACACAGAGAGGACUCAGAGAAGAUGAAAAUUUAUUUAAGAAUAUCAAAGACACGUCAAACAAAGUCAUCAGCAGUGUACAAAAUCCGAAGCAAAAGUCAACUGACAUUACAUACGUGACCAGUCGUAUACUAGUGAUGUCCUAUCCUUUUGAAGAGGGAGGGGUGGGACGUCCCAAUGUCCUCAAAGAAGUGGCGGCUUAUCUUGAAGGGACACACCCCUCUCAGUAUCUCGUGUUUAAUCUAUCGGGGGAACAGUACGACACUGAUCAGCUCAGUGGCCAGGUUGUGGAUUAUGAGUGGCCUAAUAGAGCAAUGCCUCCAUUGGAGAGUUUGGUUGAGUUGUGUAGACAGUUGGACUCAUGGCUAAGAGCUGAUUUUAAAAACGUACUAGUAAUCCAUUGCAAGGAUGGUGUUCAUCCUUCUGGUAUAUUGGUUGUGUCUUAUCUGUUGUUUCUGAGGGCACUGCCUUCUCCUUCAUCAGCUCUCAGAUUAUUUACUGCAAGAAGAUUACCUGAGGGACAAGGAAUGGACAUAUCUCCUUCAGACAGAAG